CUUCGGGAAUAUUUGUUCGUGGCACACUUCGAGGUUGUUGUAUUCGCGUUCUAAAAGGAAACGAACGAAAGAGGGUGGAAUGAGGAGAUUUAUCCGGUGACCUCGUGCCACGCGUGGUAAUGCUACUGGCAAGUGGUGCUUCAAUACCGACCAUCGCCGGUACCGUCGAGGAGGAGGAAGAACAUGCACGUAGCGAGGCGAACAGCGCGCACUACGAUGGCUAUGUUACCGAUCAUACGGAUCUCGCUUCCGAAAUUGAUAUUGACGAGUCCGAGUAUAGGCGGGAACUUCUCAACGACAAAUGGCGAAUGCUGUUUGAUAAGUUUGAUCCCGAGGGUUUCGGCGAGAUACCGAUGGAGGAUUUUUUGGUGGCUUUGAAAAGUCCCGAAUGGAAAGCCGAGAUACCGGCGAAUAAACGAAGUAUUCUUUUCACCAGGGCAAAGGAAUCGCGUGUUCAGGCGGUCACGUUUCAGGACUUCGUCAAUGUGAUUUUUAGAACAUAG